AUGGCGGAUAAUAAAUUCUUACGGGCACGAUUAAAACAUGAGCGAAACUGGCUUGAAAAUUACUACAAUGGGGAAAAAUUCGCGUGGAAUUGGAGAUACGGCAUGGCUUUAUUCGAACGAAACAUAAAGACGAGCUGGAAUAAUGUCUACAGAUUACGAAUUUUGGUAGGGGAAAAUUAUCCCGAACAACUGCCCGAUUUAGUUGUAUGUGCUUCGCCAAAACCGAUGCCCAAAUCUUCAGAAUGGCAAGGAACACAUACGACUCAUACUUGGUCACAAAAACAUGGACUUUUACAGAUUUGCUUUUAUCACCCAUUGUGUUGGACGCGGGAAAAUAUGCUGUAUGAGGUUUUUGAGAAAGGCGAGCAAUGGCUAGAAGCGUACGAAGAGCAUCUUGCGACUGGUAAACCUAUGAACGAACUUUUGUCGGCGAUGGAGCCAACGGAAGAAGAACUUCAGGAAGAAGAACGUCAUCAGGCAAAAUAUGAACGUCGUAUGGCUAAAAUUAAUCAGAAAGACAGAAGAUUAGGCCUGAAAUGA